CCCAGCUGCAAUGAAGAUGAGCUUCCCUUGCGGUGGCGUGCGCUCCUCCUCGUCGGCUGGUCGGUUGGCCGAGCGGCCCCCCUCUGGGGCCAAGCGGUUCCUCUGCCCUCGACGUGCCGAACACCUACCUCUACAUGAAGACGCUCACGCUGGUAGAGGCGCCCAAAGCCGACUCCCGGACCCCCGCGGGCGCCGCCGGCGCCACGGAGCCCGAGCCCGCGAGGGCCCCGCCGGCGGGGCCGGCCGCCUGCGUGAUGAGCGCAGGUGAGCUGCCGUCGGUCGACGGCGUCGCGCACGCCUUCAAGAGGUCGCCUGUGUUCGUCCAGCGUGUGGACGGCGGUGCUCAGACGUUUCCGGCGGAGCGCUGCGUCAGGUGCCGCCGCGGCGCCGCGUGCCGCUCCGCGCAGGUGGAGUGCCCCGCCCAGCCGGGACUGCCUGUGGUCGAGAAGUUGUGGCUAGAGUCCGACAGCUGCUCCGGUCCGCCGAGCCUCGUCGGCGGGGUGUCGGACGUGGUCUGCCCGGGGCCGUCGCACUGGCACCCGGAUAGUCUCAACCUCACGCGCUUCGUCCCGAAGCUGCGACGGGACCACCCAGAGG